GAUGAUAGUGUGAUGUAAACAUUCAACCAAACCAAAACAAAAACAAACAAGAAUUUCACUUUUGUUUUGUUUUUCGUUUCCUCAAAAAAUGAUUAUGAAGAUGUUUAUGAUUCGUUGGUUGAUUGGAAUCAUUUCAUUUGUUCCAAUUUUAUUCAUUUCAAUUCGAUGUCAAACGAUAUUAGCACCACAGCAAUUAAAUCUUGAUGGCCAAGAUCGAUUCCUGAUCAUAUUUGACCGGUCCGCAGAAGAUAAUGGCCAACAACGAUUGUUACGGGCAAAAUUAUUAUUAUCAUUUUCCCGAAGUUUUAAUCACGUUGUUUAUGAAGAUGAAAUUCGAACCGAAAAAUCGAUUGAUGAAUGGACAUUACCGUAUGUUUAUCGGCCACAAGAGUCGUCGACGACUUCGACAUCCAAAUUCAAAUCAUUUCGUUUUGAUCAAAUAUUUAUGAAAAUAAUCAUUGAACAACCGAAAAAAUCGGAACAAAUUAUUCGCCAAUUUUCAAUCGCUUCGAAUUGGAAUUUAGGAUUUUUUCAAUCAGAUAAAUCAAUUUAUAAACCAUCCGAAUUGGUACAUUUACGUUUUGUUCGUUUAAAUCGUUUAACAUUCAAACCAAUCGUUAAUGAUCAAUGUUAUUUAAUGAUUAAAAAUCAACAAAAAAUUAAAAUGGAUUUCAAGAAUUUAACAUUAAAAUCACCCGAAUAUUUUCUACAAUAUUCAUAUAAAUUACCAACAAUUUUAAAUAAUAAUGGUGAAUGGGAAGCUGAAAUCAAUUGUCCUGAAACUAAAUAUCAAAAUAGUUUAAAAUUUCAAGUUAAUGAUUAUGUUUUACCUAGAUUUCGUAUCGAUAUUGAAGCACCACCGGUACAUCUUUGUGGUUCAUCUGAUAAACCAUUGAUCAUUCGAUUACGAGCAACAUAUACUUAUGGCCGACCUGUUAAUGGAUAUGCAUAUUUUCGUAUAUCGAUACAAUCAAAAUUUAACAAUCGAUAUCCGAAAAAUCAAAAUAAUAAUGUUGAACAAAAAACACCAGUUGAAUGUUUAAAUUCAACAACCGGUUCAUUGGAACAAUCAAUAAUAUUAUCCGGAAAUUUUUGUAAAAGUCAACAAAAAUUACCUCAAAGAUUAUUAAUCGAAGCAAUCGUAACGGAUUUAUCGACAAAUCAAAAAGAAACCAGCACUAUAAAUGAUCAAACAAUUUUAGCUAAAUAUCCAUAUCGUUUAUGGAAAAGAUUUACAAAUCUUGUUUAUCGACCAAAAUUAGCAAAUUAUUUAGCAUUUGAAUUAACUGAUCAUGAUAAUAAUCCAAUGGCUAAUAUACCGAUUGAAAUUCAGAUGUCCGAUUCAAAUGAUCAUAAUAUUCAACCAUAUAUUUUAACAUCGAAUCAAAAUAAUCCAGAUAAUAAUUUAAUUCAAACAGAUUCAAAUGGAUUGAUUAUAUUUACAUUUAAAUUGGAUCGAAAUUUAGGUCCAUUAAAAGUUCGUAUCCGUAGUCGGGAUCCCAGAUAUCGUCCCGAUCAACAAAUGUCUGAAGAAUUUACAAUUUUUCUUUUUGAUUAUGUAAAUCAAAUUGAGCAACAACGACAACCAGUUAUACAAAUAUCGAAUAAGAAAAAAAUUUGGUAUAAAGCUGGUCAACGAUUUCGUUCAUCAUUGGUUUAUGAUGGACCGAUUGAUUCGAAUCAAACAUAUUUGAUUAUUAUGCAUCAUGAAUCGAUAAUUCAUUUUAGCCACCUGAAUUCAUCAACAUUAUCCAUCGAUAUUCCAUUGACAAAUCAAAUGGCACCAUCAAUUCGAAUGCUUGUUUUAGCAUUUAUUCAAUAUGAAAAUCGUUUUGUAGCAGAUUUUUUUCGUAUAUUAAUACGACAAAAUAAUUGUGGUGUACAAAUGAAACUUGGUAGAACAAUGGUAAAACCAGGACAAAAUUUAUCAAUAACAUUCGAUGGUGGUCAUUCAGGUGAUGUACUAGCAUUGAAAGCUAUUGAUGAAUCUUUGGAAAUAUUACAACAAAAAAAUCAAUCAUCAUCCGCAUUAAAACUGGAUAAAUCUUUGCAGAAUAUUUACCGAAAAUUUAUACCUGGAUUAGAUUUAACAAAUCAAAAAUCAUAUUAUCGAUCAACGGAUACAAUAUCGUUGAUUGAAAAUUUUGGUCUACAAAUUUUAACACCAACCGCCGUUGAUACAACUCGUCAUAUUCGAUAUAGACGUAAUAUUCAUCAAUGUGAUCGUUUAGCUAAAAAUCCAUGUUGUCAAUUGGCAAAAAGUAAAUUUCGACAACAAAUAUCAUGUGAACAUCGAAUGGCCAUACUUCGAAAUCAUUUGAAUGCUACCAUCGCAACCACCAAGGAUUGUUUACAGGCAUUUUUCCAAUGUUGUCAAUGUUCAACAAUGUUUGGAGAACCAAUUCUGAUCGGACAAAAACAUUCGUUUAUAUUUUCACAAAAUGAAAUUCGAACAAUGUCAUCGAACGUUCCGGAAACAUUUGCCGGUCGUGAUGAUUUUGAAGAUGAUAAUGAUGGCCAAAAUCUAGAUAUAAAACGUAACGAUUUUCGUGAUUCAUGGUUAUUUGAUAUUUAUCCAUUGGAACAUCGUACAAAAACAAUAUCCAAAAUGGUUCCACAUUCAAUUACAUCAUGGUUGAUAUCAUCAAUAUCCAUUUCAAAACAGGAUGGUUUUUGUGUUGAAACACCCGAGCAAAAACUAACUGUUUUCAAAUCAUUUUUCAUUAAAAUAUCAAUGCCUAAAUCUAUUGUACAAUAUGAACAAACAGAAAUAUCGGCAACCAUUUAUAAUUAUCAUAAUGAAACAUUGGAUACUGUUGUUCAUUUUUAUCAUGUUGAUGGUCUUUGUUCGGAUGCAUAUAGAUCAUUAGAUAAAGCAAGUACCGAAUUACGUUUAAUGUCAAAUGAAAGUAAAACUAUAAUAUAUCCUAUAAUUGGUUUACGUAUUGGUCAAUUUCUGAUUCGUAUUAAAGCUGAAUCUGGUUAUCAUUAUUAUAAAGAUACUGUUGAAAAAUUUAUAAAAAUAUUACCACCAGGUGAAACAAUGGAAUAUUCACAUUCAAGUAAUCUAGAUCCAACUAAUCGUUCAAAACGUAAUGAACAAAUGAAAAGAGAUUCAAAUGAAAUGAUUGAUGUUAUUGAUGAAAUAUAUCCGGAACGAAAAUAUCAAAAAAUUAAUAUUUCGAUUCAUAGGGAUUUACAUAAUCAUAAUCAUCAGAAUAAUAUUGUUACCGGAACAAUUCAUCAUCGAUUAUCAUUGAUCGGAGAACGAUUUGAACCACAACUAAAAUCACCCGAAGAACUGAGUCAUCUAAUACGUAGAAGAAAAAGUUGUGGUGAACAAACGGCAUUUUAUAUGGCAUUCAAUCUACAUACAAUGAUUUAUUUGAAAGAAACUAAUCGAUUAAAUCGUACAUUACGUAAACGUGGCCGAAAACAUUUAAAACGUUCUUAUAAUGAUUUGAUUAGUUAUCGGAAAUCAAAUGAUGGAUCAUUUGCAGCAUUUAUUAAUCGUGAAUCAUCUGUUUGGUUGACGGCAUUUGUAUCGAAUUUAUUUUGUCAAUCAGAACAAUUUCUGGAUGAUGAUGAAUUUGAUAUAAAUAUGUUAUCCAAAUCAUUGGAUUGGAUUCUUCGACAACAACAACAAUCAUCGGGUAGUUGGACGGAAUCAUCGACAACAACAACACAUAUACAUCAUCGUUAUGCUGAUGGUGGUAGUAAUCAGAAUGAUGAAACACUUACGGCAUUUGUAUUGAUCGCCUUGCAUCAAUGUAAUUUAUUUAUAACUCGAAAUAAUUUUACUGAUAAAUUACAAACAAAUUGGUCAAUUGAUUAUGUUAAUGCAAAUCAUAAAAGUUUUCGUUAUCUUUUGGAUGAAAUUUCUCGAACGAAUCAUUCAUAUUCGAUGGCAAUAAUUUUAUAUUCGUUACUUUUAUCGCCAUCAUCAUUACCGUUUUUAACAAAAAAUGAUCGUUAUAAAUGGAUGGAACAUUUAUUACAACAUCCGGAUCGUCAUCAAGAUGGUAAACUUAAUCAAAUGUAUUUUGAUACUGGAUCGUUGACUGUUGAAACAACUGCAUAUGUCCUAUUGGGUAUUGGUUGUUUAUCCGAUACGGAUUUUAUUGAUGAACGAAAAAUGUUGGCAAAUUGGCUUUCCUCACGUCCAUUAUAUGGUUCGAUUGAAAAAACACAAGAUACUCUGAUGACAUUGAUAGCAUUAUCCGAUUAUUAUCGUUCAUCAUCAUCGAUUGAAAAUAAUAAUUUACGAAAUCAAUUCGAAUUAUAUACAAAUAUAUCAUUUGGUCAACGAUCAACUGGUAAUCGUGAAAAACGUUCAAUAAAAUUUGAUUCAAAUUCAUUAGAUCAUUUACAUAUGAUUGAUAUGGAUGGUAAUAUUGUUGAUCAUAUUGAAAUUGAAACUAUUGGUAAUGGUAUUGGACGGUUUGAAUUAUUAACCAAAUAUAAUGUUUAUGAUCCAACAACAAUGGAAUUGGAAUGUCCAUUCGAAUUGAAUGUACAGCUUUUUGAUUAUAUUCCUACACAACAAGAUGAUGAUAUUGAUGAAGAAGAUUCGUUAAUAAUCGAUGAUCAAUUGAUAGAAUCAUUACAAAUUGAAAAACUUGAUGAAAAAUUACAGCUGGAACAAAUGAAACGAAUGAAAAAUGUUUGCCGAUCAAAAAUUCCGGAUGAUAAUAAAACAAAUCGAACCAAUGAUGAUGAUAAUCGUGAUGGUGCUUCAAGGCUAAAAAAUUGGCAAUGUGAACAAAAUUUUCAAAAUUAUCCAUUACCAUUAUUACCGGAAUGGAUUGAAAAUCCAAUCAUUAAGAUAAUACGUAUUUGUACGUUGAGAAAGCCAUCAGAUGAUAAUGAUCGAAGAUCAACGACCAUCGAUGAUGAUAAUCAAAUGGUUAUACUUGAAACAAGUAUCUUAAGUGGUUAUCAAGUGAUUGAAGAUGAUUUGAAAAUAAUGAAAAAUAAUUCAACAAUAAUUUAUUGGUAUGAAAUUGCUGGAUCAAAAAUAACAUUCUAUUUACGACGAGUACCACGAACAUAUCGUUUAUGUUUUUGUUUUCGUAUUUAUCAACAAAAUCCGGUUAAUUAUAUUCAAUCUGCAUUGGUUAGAAUUUAUAAUUAUCAUCAAAAAGAAUCGGAUUGUCGAAAAAUGUAUUCGGAUAUAAAUGUAAAUCGUUUUCUAAAUUAUAGUUGCCAGGAUGAUUAUUGUCAAUGUUUAAUUGAAAAUCGUUGUACACGUAUUGAUCUGUUUAAACAUAUUGAAGAAGAAUUCAUACAAAAUAUAUUCAAUGCAUUUGAAUUAUUUAAAAGAACUAUUUGUCAACAUCGUUAUGUAUUGAAUGUUAUUGUUCGAUUUUUACCUCUUGAUAAUGAUGAUAAUAAUGGAAAUAUCCAAAAUAAUGCACCCAAAUCCAAUUUUAAUUCAAGCUUAACAUUGAUUAUUGAAUCAUUUAAGGUUGUACGAAAACCACGAAAUGAUGAUGACCAUCAUCAAUCAACAACAGGUUUAUUAUCCAAUGGAUUACAAUUACGUUUUGAAUAUCCAUGUAAUCAUUUAUGUUUGGAUAGUCGUAUUUUACAACAAGCUUAUAAUCGUUCACAAUCAUCUAUAAGAUUUCAUGCUUUGGUUAUGUUUAAUGAAAUAAUUUCCGGUUUAAAUUCAUCAUCAUCAACAACAAAAGCAUCAUCAUUUGUACGAAUGGAUGGUCUAACAACAUGGCAUAUGUUUGAUAUUGGUAAAAAUUGGCAAAUGUCAAAUGAUCUAAUGUUGAUGCUUGAAAAUGAAGGUCCAUUACAAUGUGUUAAUUGAUGUGAAAUGAAUGUCCGAAUGAAAUUUUUGCUGAAAUUGAAAACCAACAACACAACACGAUCAUAAUUAUAAAUGUA